GAAUGUUGGAUGGUUCCUGGGAGAUAGAUAAAGACUGUUCCUUCUGGGGAGGAAAGUUUCAUGGAAGCGCCGUCACAACCAACAGUCGGGAUAAGGAAGCUGCAUUCCUGCCCUGAGUGUGGGAGGAAUUUCAAGCGGAAUUCUCACCUUGUUCGACAUAAGAGGCUCCACACGGGAGAGAAGCCCUAUCAAUGCCCUGACUGUGGGAAAAGCUUCAGAGAGAGCACUGAUGUGAAUACACACCGGAGAAUCCACACAGGGGAAACCCCCUAUCAGUGUGCCCAGUGCGGGAAAAGCUUUCGGUACAGGCCGAGUCUCCUGAAACAUUUGAGAUGCCAUGAUGAAGAGAAACUCUGCACCUGCCUGGAAUGUGGGAAAAGCUUCAGUCCUAGCUUGGUUUUCAAGGCUAGUCAAAAUAGUAGUGGGCAGCGGAAACCAUAUCAAUGCCCUGACUGUGAUGAAAAGGUCCGAGAGAUCUCAAACCUUGUUGUGCACCUAACGGUUCCCACGGCAAGAGAAUCCUAUGCAUGCCCUGACUGUGGAAAAGGUUUCAGCUGCAGCUUCCAACUUAUUAAACACAGGAGUCUCCAGACCAGAUUUGCGAUUCCUGAUCCGAAUAGUCUUUGCAGUCUGGACCAAAGCCAAGCAUCUUUACCCUCAAAUCCUCAGGAUGCAGAGGAAAGGGAGAGCCCAGGAAGCAUCUGUGAAGCAUGGGAUGACCUUGUGGGAAAGGAGUAUGAAGAAAAGGAUCCUCAGCAGAGGACGAUUUUGCCCACAAGAACUUACAGGACAUUAUUGGGAAGAUUUCAUGGACUUGAUAGCCAAAGGCCCAAAGCCUAUAAGGGUAGGCCCAAGCGCGGAAGGUGGCAGUGGAAGAAUCCUGAGAUGGGUGAAGACGAAUCCACUGAUAAGGAGGGAGGCAACUUCCCUGCAUGUGAAAGACUGCUCAGCUCGGAGAGGAAGCAUCUCUGCUUUGUGUGUGGGAAACAGUUCCGUUAUGAGUCCCAGCUGGUCUCGCAUGAACGAAUUCACACGGGAGAGAAACCCUUCCUGUGCGGAAUCUGCAAUAAAACCUUCCGUGACAGAUCAGACCUGAGCAAACACCAGAAAGUCCACUCUGAAGGCCAGUCCUACACGUGCCUCGAGUGUGGUAGAAGCUUCCACCACCAGUUGGCCUUCGUUAGACAUCAGAGAAUUCAUCCGAGAAAGCAAACCCGGGAAGAUGGCUGUGUGUAUUUUGCAGUCCUGCCCUCAUACCACGUGGAUGCGGAAAUGAGUGUCGGGAGCCGAGUUCAGCCUCCUGAGACUCUUAGCUUUAAUUUCAAACAAAAAGUGACCAACCAGUGGGUGCAAAGCACGAUGAAGACCUUCAUAAGGAACAUACUGAGUUUGCAGAAUCAGCUUGAGUUCUGUUGCGGAGAUGGCAAGAAAUCGCUUUUCAAGAUCCAAGACCUGGAGUAUACAAUGCAAGAGAGAUCGUGGAGGCCACAGAAAUUUCCAGUGAAAGAUCUUGCUGAGGAAGAGGAGAAAAAUUUUGGGCACUUUUGCAGAAAAAGCAUGUGCCAGUUUUGA